AUGAGGGACAACUGCAUUGCCACUUCGCUGCUUCUACAAGGAGGACAUUUCCAACCCUUUGGGCAGGAACGGGCCUGUUGCUGCAUCCCUGUUUCCUCCAACAGGCCUCCUGAGUACUUGGUGGGACCCUCAAAAUGUCCCAAAGCUGGCACCGAGACGGGCGGGCGGGCGGGCGGCGGCGACGGGCGCAGCAACCUGGGCGCCUCCUCUCGCCCGCCUUCCUCCUCGCCUCCCGCCCGCCCCGUCGAGGGGCCGCCGCCGCCGCCGCUUGCACGAAGCCUCGAAGAAGCCCAGGCAGGGGAGGGGGCUGGAUCCGAUCCCUCCGCCCCGGCCGCUCAGAUGAGCAGCGCCGCGCCCUGCCAAGAGCCACCGCCGGCCCUGGCGGGGGGCCCGGCCCACCUCCUCCCCUGGACCCCCUCGACGGCGGAGGUUGCCUCGGAGACGUGGCUCGACGCGAUCUGGGCCGCCGCCGCUCUCCCCGACGACCCGGCCGCGGCCGGCGCAGAUCAGUUCUACUUCCCGGGCGACGUCCUUCAAGAUGGUGCCCCCUCUGGAGACCAGCUGUCAACCCAACUCUUCAGAAACCAACAGCUGCGGGACAUCUUGGUCCAGAAGGAGGUGGAGCUGGCUCAGCUGCAGGAGGAGAACCAACAUCUUAGACACUUCCUCAAUUCCGCCAUGGUCAAGCGGCUGGAGGAGAAGACCAAGAAGCUGUUUCUCCUUCAGGAUGGCCAGGAUGUCGAUGGGACCUCCAAGAUCGGCAAAAGGCACCGGAAGACCGAAAGCCGCGUGGCCCACGAGGGGCGCCACCCGCCAAAGGCCAGGCGGAACCUCUUGGGCGCUUUCUCUGCCUGCGAAGAGCAGCCGGCGCCUCCUGUGGACUCCUGGGUCCUGCAGACCCUUGGGCUCAAGGAUGUGGACACCGUGGACGAGUCAGCUAACUACAGUGCCUUGACCCUGGACCCUCCCCCUUUGGGGCCUUCUCUUUGGGGUCCCUUUGGGGCCUCCGACCCGGGUGUCAGUGAGGGUCAACCUGGUGGAAGUGUCUCCUUGAUCUCCCCAGCAGAUGGCACUGCCAGACCCUUCCCCUUCCCCUGCUCACUGCCUUGCCUCUCCGACUGCCCCUCGCCAGCCAAGAUGGACGUGGCCUUCACCACGUCUCUGAGCCCCCAUUGCAAUGUGAAGACCCACACCUUCCGCCAAGGACAGGCCUUCGUGCGCCGGGAUGAAGACGGAGGGUGGAAGCUCACCUGGGUACCCACCCAGUCAGAAUGA